AUGAAUUAUGAAGAACAAAUCGGAAAUGCAACAAAAUUAACACAAAAUAUUAUAAAUUAUCAAAGAGACGAUGUUGAUAACUUAACUGAUAGAUUAAAUUUCAGUUCAGCAUUAAAAACAGAGGAAUAUAUACCAAUUGAUGAUGACGAGAUUAAUGAAGAAAUUCUUGGUUCUUUUGGUCAAAUUGAAGAGGAAGAUGUUAUUUCUAAUGUUUAUUAUUAUGAAGAACAAAUCGGAAAUGCAACAAAAUUAACACAAAAUAUUAUAAAUUAUCAAAGAGACGAUGUUGAUAACUUAACUGAUAGAUUAAAUUUCAGUUCAGCAUUAAAAACAGAGGAAUAUAUACCAAUUGAUGAUGACGAGAUUAAUGAAGAAAUUCUUGGUUCUUUUGGUCAAAUUGAAGAGGAAGAUGUUAUUCUUGUAACUGUGAAUAAUCCAGAUAAAAUAAUUUUUGUUGGUGAGGCUUUAGUAGGAAAUGAAGCAGUUGACCAAUUAACUAAAUUUAAUCAAGCUUUAAAAGAUUUUUCAGGAUUGCAAAAUCCUAGACAUAUUGAUGGAAUCAUAUUGACCAAGUUUGAUACUAUAGAUGAUAAGGUGGGAGCUGCUCUUUCAAUGGCUUACACAACUGGUCAACCUAUCUUGUUUGUUGGUACCGGACAAACAUAUACAGAUUUAAAAAAUAUGAAAGUAGCACAUAUUGUACAACGCGGAAGUGUUACUAUUCGUCAAGAUUCUCAAUCAAAAGGUUCUAUUAACAUUACAAAUAGUAUUUAUAUUGGAAGUGAAAGUCUCCAAGAAAAAAUCGACGUCAAGAUUAAUUUUUCAGGAUUGCAAAAUCCUAGACAUAUUGAUGGAAUCAUAUUGACCAAGUUUGAUACUAUAGAUGAUAAGGUGGGAGCUGCUCUUUCAAUGGCUUACACAACUGGUCAACCUAUCUUGUUUGUUGAUUAUGAAGAACAAAUCGGAAAUGCAACAAAAUUAACACAAAAUAUUAUAAAUUAUCAAAGAGACGAUGUUGAUAACUUAACUGAUAGAUUAAAUUUCAGUUCAGCAUUAAAAACAGAGGAAUAUAUACCAAUUGAUGAUGACGAGAUUAAUGAAGAAAUUCUUGGUUCUUUUGGUCAAAUUGAAGAGGAAGAUGUUAUU